GAGUCUUGAAAAGUCAGAGUCGGUGAUGACGUAACAAGAUGGUGGACACGGGCACCUGUUUAUCCCGGAUUUUUGUAAUUUUUUUAGUUUUUGUCCCUACAGCACAGGAGAAUAAAGGCGGACUGUAUUCAGAAAAUGGCCCUGUGACAGUUCUCACAGGCUCAAACUUUAAAGACACUGUCCCUAACUCUGAUAACACAUGGAUGGUGGAAUUUUACAGCAGCUGGUGUGGACAUUGUGUACGGUUUGCGCCGACUUAUUUGAAAGUGGCACAGUUUGUGAAAGGCUGGCGGCAAGUGAUAAGGGUAGGUGCAGUUGACUGUGCUCAGGAUUACAAUACAGCUCUCUGCAAAGAAUAUGGGAUUGAUAUGUAUCCCACAAUUAAGUUCUUCGACUUACAUUCCAAAAGUGGAGACCUUGGCAGGGUUUUUAAUGGCAGUCAAGAUGACCAAACUAUACGCCACGCUAUGGUGGACCACAUUAACAGACAGAGAGAUUUAAAAUCCAAGUGGCCUUGGCUUCUGCCAAUAAGGAGUAUGCAGAGUGUCUGGAAAGAUCUUGGAGAUACAGAGAAGGAUCAGAAGAUGGUGACGGCUGUAUUGUUUGAAGAAGAAGGUUCAUAUGUUGGGCAGGAGGUGAUCCUCUCUGUCUUGCCAUACCGUGAGAAGAUAAUCGUGCGGCGUAUGCUAAAGCAGGAUAUGAGGAAGAUUCAAGUAGACAGUCUGCCAGCACUUGUUCACCUUGACAAAACUGGGAGCUACUCAGAACUAGCACUAGGAGAAACAAAGAGUCUUGUAUUCAUCCGAGAGCUGUAUAACCUAGCUGGCAUAGAUGAGGAAGAGGAAGAAGGGGAGGUUCAAAAGGAUGAUGGCAGUUUACAUCUUAUUGAUGCUGGAUUGAGAGUAUAUAUGCAAGAUUUGGAGUCCACCCUUCACUACUCAUUUAGAAAAGAGAUAUGCAACUUUAAAGUGGUGAAAGGUGAAGAUCUGGUAGCAUUGAAGUCAUAUGUCAGUGUUUUGUCCAAGUAUUUCCCUGGACAGCCCCAUGUGGUCAAGUACCUGUGGUCACUUAAUAAGUGGAUGCAGAGUGUCAGUGGACAGGUCACUGACAAAGAGUGGGAAGCUAAGGUUAAGGAACUUAAGACUAAGGAUGCUUACCUGCCAGAAGUAACCAAGUGGGUGGCCUGCCAGGGGAGUGCAGAGAAGUACAGGGGCUAUCCUUGUGGACUCUGGACCCUGUUUCAUGUGUUAUCAGUACAGGCUGUGGAUGUCAACCUAGACAAUGAAGACUUUGAGGCUGCUGAGGUAUUAUUUGCCAUGGAUGGCUACAUCACACGUUUCUUUGGCUGUCGAGAGUGUGGAAAGAACUUCAAAUAUAUGUCUUCCAAGCUGGAAAAAGGGGUUGGUGAUAUCAAUUAUGGCAUCAUGUGGAUGUGGGAGGCCCACAAUAAAGCUAACAAGAGACUCCAUGGAGACCUAACGGAGGACCCCAAACAUCCAAAAAUUCAGUUUCCCACUUACGAAACCUGCCCAAGUUGUCAUCAUAGUACUCCAAGUUCUCCAUUUAACAAAGAUAUGAAAAUUUGGGACAGAAAAGAGGUAUUGAAAUUUUUAAAACUUUUAUAUGGCAAGCAAAAUAUUAUAAUGGACCUAGGGGACACAGAGAAAAGUAGGGGCCAGGCCAUGGUAGACAGCAGAGAACAAAAGCAGGAGUUGGCUAAGCUACAGGCCAUUAGAAGACAAAAACAACAGGCCAUGGAGACUGAGGCAAAAAUUAGAAAUGACAGAAUACAGAGACUUCGAGAACAAGAGCUCGAGACGCGUCAUUUACCAGGACAACGGGUCCCAGGCUCCUGGAACUUCACCUCCGUGGAUUUAUCUCUAUGCGUGCUGGUCUACUUUGUGGCCACCGGGAUUAUAGUUCUGCUGUAUUUUCAUAUAUCUAGAAGGAGAAAGAAGGCAGCCAGUUUGAAAAGUUGUUGUGUGUAAUUGCUUGCCCUUCAUCAGUUUGGUUGUAUGUAGUGCCAUGGUGUGGACUGUGAGGGGGC